AGCAAUCUUUCCUCUCUCCAUUUUUCUCUGAAAAAGCUGGAGUUCCUUUGAAUUGGUCGACCGAUUCGUCCUUUUCCCUCGAAUUCAGCCCAUUAUGUCCAAAAUUGGAGCGGAUGGCAGUUGUGAUUCAGAGUUUCUGACAGAUUUGGAUUCAGAUUUCUGAUGUAUAAAUUUGGUUUUGUAGUUAAUCACUGGAAGCCUUUCAUCUUGUCCCGUCGCAUUCGAAUUAAUCUGGCAGACAAGGCUUCGGACGGCUUGGGGUUCUAAUCGCCCUUGUUUUUUUCUUGGUUUCUGGGGGUGAAUUCUUUCUUUUUUUUCCUUCUCCCGAAGUUCUUGGAUCUCGGAUCGAGUCCAUCUUGUAAAAGAGUAAUUUGCUUCGUAAUGGCUUUCACAGGAACGUUGGAUAAAUGCAAGGCUUGUGAUAAGACUGUUUAUGUCGUUGAUUUAUUGUCUCUUGAAGGAAUUCCUUACCACAAGCAUUGCUUCAAAUGCAGCCACUGCAAAGGCACUCUUUCGAUGAGCAGCUACUCAUGGAUGGAUGGUGUCCUGUAUUGCAAGACUCAUUUCGAGCAACUCUUUAAAGAAUCUGGAAAUUUCAGCAAGAACUUUCAAACCAAGCCUUCUGAGAAGCAAAGUGAACUGACAAGGACCCCCAGCAAACUCUCCUCCAUGUUCUCUGGAACUCAAGAUAAAUGUUCUGUUUGCACCAAAACAGUUUAUCCAUUAGAGAAGGUGACUCUGGAGGGGGAAUGCUACCACAAGAAUUGCUUUAGAUGUGCUCAUGGUGGAUGCCAUUUGACACACGGUUCAUAUGCUGCUCUUGAUGGAGUAUUGUACUGCAAGCACCAUUUUUCUCAGCUGUUCAUGGUCAAAGGCAACUACAACCAUGUCCUUGAAGCUGCUGCAAACAAGAAAAACGCCACACCCCCGGCCGAUCGCGCCGAAGAAGAUGCCGAGUCUCAGCCUCAAUCCGAGGAUCAUGCAGUAGAGCAAUCUUGAAAUGCCUUUUCUGCUCUACCAGCAUUUGAGAAUUCUCUUCUUCUUCUUCUUCGCUUCAUUCUUCUUAUGAAACUACCAAAUUUAUUUUCUACUGGGAAAGAGAAACCAAAACCUUCACCAUUUGUUUUUGUUCACAUUCACAUUGACUUCCUAUUUAUAAUGUUGUAAUUCAAGGCCCUAUUUGUCAGCCUUGUACACACAGCUUUCAAAGAAUUGCACCAUAGUUUCUGUGUGAAUGAGAUUCUGGAAUAAAAUGCAGAUCUUACCUGCAAUUUCAAAUAUCACCAAAUA